GCCGAGUCCCGCGCCCCCUGCACGGCCGCCGCUGCGUCCCGACCGAGUGCACAGCCCGGCGCGAUGCGACGCUCCGAGGCGGGCCGCGCCGUGCUCCUGGCGCUGCUGGCCGCACACUUCCAGGCGAGUCCGGCGCUGGAGGAGAAGAAAGUUUGCCAGGGGACAAGUAACAAGCUCACCCAGUUGGGCACUUUUGAAGACCACUUUCUGAGCCUCCAGAGGAUGUUCAAUAACUGUGAGGUGGUCCUUGGGAAUUUGGAAAUUACCUACAUGCAAAGUAGUUACAACCUUUCUUUCCUAAAGACCAUCCAGGAGGUUGCUGGCUAUGUACUCAUUGCGCUCAACACAGUGGAGAAGAUUCCUUUGGAAAAGCUGCAGAUCAUCAGAGGAAAUGUGCUCUAUGAAAACACCCAUGCCUUAGCGGUCUUAUCCAACUACGGUGCAAAUAAAACGGGACUGAGGGAGUUGCCCAUGAGAAACUUACAGGAGAUCCUGCAAGGCGCCGUGCGAUUCAGCAACAACCCUGUCCUCUGCAACAUGGAGACAGUCCAGUGGAGGGACAUCGUCAACAUCGACUUUCUAAGCAAUAUGUCGAUUGAAUUUCAGAACCAGCCGAGCAGAUGCCCAAAGUGUGAUCCAGUCUGUCUUAAUGGAAGCUGCUGGGGUGCGGGGAAGGAGAACUGCCAGAAAUUGACCAAAGUCAUCUGUGCCCAGCAGUGUUCCGGGCGCUGCCGCGGCAGGUCCCCCAGCGACUGCUGCCACAGCCAGUGUGCCGCCGGCUGCACGGGACCGCGGGAGAGUGACUGCCUGGUCUGCCGCAGGUUCCGGGACGGAGCCACGUGCAAGGACACAUGCCCGCCACUCAUGCUGUACGACCCCACCACCUACGAGAUGAAAGUCAACCCGCUGGGGAAGUACAGCUUCGGCGCCACCUGUGUCAGGAAGUGCCCCCGUAACUACGUGGUGACGGACCACGGCUCGUGCGUCCGCGCCUGCAGCUCUGACAGCCAGGAGGUGGAGGAGGACGGCGUCCGCAAGUGUAAAAAGUGCGACGGACCUUGUGGCAAAGUUUGUAACGGAAUAGGAAUUGGUGAGUUUAAAGAUACACUUUCCAUAAAUGCCACAAAUAUUAAACACUUCAGAAAUUGCACCUCGAUCAGUGGAGACCUUCAUAUCCUGCCAGUAGCAUUUAAGGGUGAUUCCUUCACACGUACUCCACCUCUGGACCCAAAGGAACUGGACAUUCUAAAAACUGUAAAGGAAAUAACAGGGUUUUUGCUGAUUCAGGCCUGGCCUGCAAACAGGACUGGCCUCCAUGCUUUUGAGAACCUGGAAAUCAUACGUGGCAGGACGAAGCAACAUGGUCAGUUUUCUCUUGCGGUUGUUGGCCUGGAUAUAAUGUCCUUGGGAUUACGCUCCCUCAAGGAGAUAAGUGAUGGAGAUGUGAUCAUUUCAGGAAACCGAAAGUUGUGCUACGCAGAUACAAUAAACUGGAAAAAACUCUUUGGGACCUCAAGUCAGAAAACCAAAAUUAUAAACAACAGGAGUGAAAAAGAGUGCAAGGCCAUGGGCCACGUCUGUCACCCGCUGUGCUCGUCAGAGGGCUGCUGGGGCCCGAAACCCAAGGACUGCGUGUCCUGCCGAAACUUCAGCCGUGGCAAGGAGUGUGUGGAGAAGUGCAACAUUCUAAAGGGAGAGCCCAGGGAGUUCAUUGAAAACUCCGAAUGUGUGCAGUGCCAUCCGGAAUGCCUGCCCCAGGCCAUGAACGUGACCUGCACGGGACACGGACCAGGCAGCUGUGUAAAGUGUGCCCACAACAUUGACGGCCCUCACUGCGUCAAGACCUGCCCUGCUGGAGUCACAGGAGAAAACAGCACCCUGAUCUGGAAGUUUGCAGAUGCCAAUCACGUGUGUCACCUGUGCCACCACAGCUGCACCUACGGCUGUGCUGGGCCAGGUCCUGAAGGCUGUGCAGUGAGUGGGCCCAGGAUUCCGUCCAUCGCCACCGGGAUCGUGGGCGCCCUGCUGCUGGCGCUGGUGCUGGCCCUGGGGGUCGGCCUGUUUCUGCGCAGGCGCCGCAUCGUACGCAAGCGCACGCUGCGCCGGCUGCUGCAGGAGCGCGAGCUUGUCGAGCCUCUGACGCCCAGCGGAGAAGCUCCCAAUCAAGCUCUCUUGAGGAUCUUAAAGGAGACGGAAUUAAAAAAGGUCAAGGUGCUGGGCUCCGGAGCAUUCGGCACGGUGUACAAGGGACUCUGGAUCCCAGAAGGCGAGAAGGUUAAAAUUCCUGUGGCUAUCAAGGAAUUAAGAGAAGCCACAUCUCCAAAAGCCAACAAGGAAAUUCUUGAUGAAGCCUACGUGAUGGCCAGUGUGGACAAUCCUCACGUGUGCCGCCUCCUGGGCAUCUGCCUGACGUCCACGGUGCAGCUCAUCACGCAGCUCAUGCCCUUCGGCUGCCUGCUGGACUACGUCCGUGAGCACAAGGACAACAUCGGCUCCCAGCACCUCCUCAACUGGUGCGUGCAGAUCGCAAAGGGCAUGAACUACCUGGAAGACCGGCGCUUGGUGCACCGAGACCUGGCGGCCAGGAAUGUGCUGGUGAAGACGCCGCAGCACGUCAAGAUCACAGAUUUCGGGCUGGCCAAACUGCUGGGCGCCGAGGAGAAGGAGUACCACGCAGAAGGGGGCAAAGUGCCUAUCAAGUGGAUGGCUUUGGAGUCAAUUUUACACCGAAUUUACACCCACCAGAGUGACGUCUGGAGUUACGGAGUCACCGUUUGGGAGUUGAUGACCUUUGGGUCCAAGCCUUACGACGGGAUCCCCGCAAGUGAGAUCUCAACCGUCCUGGAGAAGGGAGAACGCCUGCCUCAGCCGCCCAUCUGCACCAUCGACGUCUACAUGAUCAUGGUCAAGUGCUGGAUGAUUGAUGCAGAUAGUCGCCCAAAGUUCCGUGAGUUGAUCAUUGAAUUCUCCAAAAUGGCCCGAGACCCCCAGCGCUACCUUGUCAUCCAGGGGGACGAGAGGAUGCAUUUGCCAAGCCCUACGGACUCCAACUUCUACCGCGCCCUGAUGGACGAAGAGGACAUGGAGGAUGUCGUGGAUGCGGACGAGUACCUCAUCCCCCAGCAGGCCUUCUUCCACAGCCCCACCACCUCCCGGACGCCCCUCCUCAGUUCUCUGAGCGCCAGCAGCAACACUCCCAGUGUGGCUUGCGUUGAUAGAAACGGGAGCUAUCCCCUCCAGGAAGAUAGCUUCUUGCAGCGGUACAGCUCAGACCCCACUGGCACCUUGACCGAGGACAGCAUAGACGACGCCUUCCUUCCAGCGCCCGAAUAUGUAAACCAGUCUAUUCCCAAAAGGCCUGCGGGCUCUGUCCAGAACCCCGUCUAUCACAAUCAGCCUCUAAACCCGGCUCCAGGCAGAGACCCUCACUACCAGAAUUCCCACAGCAAUGCCGUGGACAACCCUGAGUAUCUCAACACCAUCCACCCCGCCUGCACCAACGGUGUGCUCGACGGCCCUGCCCCCUGGGCACAGAAAGGCGGUCAGCAAAUUAGCCUGGACAACCCUGACUACCAGCAGGCCUUCUUUCCCAAGGAAGCCAAGUCAAAUGGCAUCUUUAAGGGUCCUGCUGCUGAAAAUGCAGAAUACCUGAGGGCAGCGCCAGCAGGCAGUGACCUUACUGGGGCCUGACCACGGAGGAUGGCCUCAGCCCUAAAAAUUCCAGCCCCUUCAGCCCCCAGGACCAAGCCACGGCAGCUACUCAAUCCCGUCAGCCAUACUCACACUAACUCUUGGACCCAUGGACUGGUUUGGCCACAUCUGCUGUGAUCAGCCCAUCUUCCAGCCAACAAGUGCCCCCGACUCGGAUGCACUUUGGGGAGUUGCAGGGACAUUCCUUUGUCUUCAGACUGUGAGGCUUCCACAAAAGGCAUCCAGAAAGAAUGUUGUCCAUUUGGGCGGAAGUUCACCUUUCAAUGAGGUAUAUUUGAAAAACACUAAAUAUGUUUAAGGAGUUUUAUUGCUUGGGGACCUCUGGGGUUUUAAUUGUCAUUGAUUUUGCUCUUAAUGGCCUUUUCCAAUGAGGGAAAAUCUUGCUCGUAGCACCUGUGGCACUGAGUUGACCCAGGCCCACCUGUGACCAAGAAGCAAGGGUCAGUCUUCCAGCUAACACUUGAUUCCAUUGGCUCUGCUUGGAGACUCUUCCACUGCAAGACAGGUGAAUAACGAACCAGUCCUCUGGAUCCUAAGCAGGCCCGAUUGGUACUAUAUCACAUCACGGCAGGUGCAAGAGGAUAAGCCACUUGAAACCCUUCCUGGGCAAGGAAGAAACAGGGGUAGAAUUCUUCCUCAGACUUACUUACUUUUAUAUACAUGUCUCCAUGGUACUUAACUCUCCAUUGGUUGACCAGUGUUUUCGAAUUACAAGUAUUGGAUUUGUUUCUUUUCCAUUCCAUUGUUGUGAAAUUCAGUACACUUUCCCUGUCAGCAGGAGGGGACAUAACCAAGAUCAGCUCAUAUUUGAUUCAUCAGCAUUCAGACCAGUUGCCUUUAACUGAGAUGGAAUGACAGUGCAAAAAGGAACAAAUCCCCCAAAUUUGAGUCUCAGAGGAAAUACAUCAAGUCCUUUGGGGGUCGGGGGACAGGCAUGUAUCGGGAGACUGCAAAAACGAAGCUGCUCUUACAACUUUUAGCCCCCCCCGACAAAAAAAAAAAUUUGUUCAAGCUACUCAUGGAAGAUAGUUUUCUUUUUACUUCACUUCCAGGGUUUUUUCCUCCUAGGGUACUUUGCCCCUCACUGGCAAGCAAGCCCGAAGCUCCUCCUUCCCUUGGUAAGCUGAAGGGUCCAGGCCCUGGGGCAGCUCUGCAGAAAUGUCUCGCCCUCACCACUGCUGGCACGCUUUAGAAUAGAGAUAGCAGUUUGUGGCGUGUGGAAUUCAAGUGGUAAAUGUGAAAUUUGACUUUGAUGGUACUGCCUUCAUAACAUCUAUAGGCAUGUGAGAAGAAGAAAACAAGUUCCCCUUAAAAUAACUCCCUGUAGGGCUUCCCUGGUGGCGCAGUGGUUGGGAGUCCGCCUGCCGAUGCAGGGGACACGGGUUCGUGCCCCGGUCCGGGAAGAUCCUACGUGCUACGGAGCGGCUGGGCCCGUGAGCCAUGGCCGCUGAGCCUGCGCGUCUGGAGCCUGUGCUCCGCAACGGGAGAGGCCACAACAGUGAGAGGCCCGCGUACCGCAAAAAAAAAAAAAUAAUAACUCCCUGUAAUUGGAGGACCUGCUGCUUAGGACACCAGCGUUUUCUCACCUGUGUCCCUGCACCCUGACUGUUAACACACUUCUUUGUAGACAGUGUUAUAGACACUCUUAGUCAACAUCCACCUCAGCCAGGAAGAAAUGUUUCAGACAAUAUUUUCAGCCGCCCAUUCCACGUCCCACAUACACGAUUUUCCUUUAGCUUUUAAGUUAUUUAUUGACUGAGAUGGAUCAGGGCCCCAGUUUUGUUACCAAAGUAUUUUAUCUUGUCUCAAUGGAAAUAUAAACUAUAUUCAAUUCAAUUCCAUCACAUCGUGUUCUAAAUACCCUUGAACAUCUUACCAGCCUGGCAUAGGUACUGAAGAUAAACAAAUAAAACAUAAUCCGUGAUUCCACAAAACUCAUAAUUUAGCGAAGAAAAUCAACUCACAAAUGCCAGCCUUAAAACGAUAUGACACAUGCCAGACAUGACAUGUCAGCCCAGCACCGUGACAGCACAAAGCAGGGAGUGAGGGGGACCGGGUCCUGGAGGAGCCGUGGUGGACUUGGGUGAAAAGACCCCCAGUGCGUCAGCCACUGGAAAAUGGAAAGUGCAUUCCCAGCAGAGGGAGCCUCAACCACGAAAGCAUCUGCCGCAGGAACCACUCAUGCAGCCGGUCUACAGGCCCACUGCCCCUUCCGGCCUGGGAGUUACAUUCCCCGAGGGCCCUUCGGGUCCGUCCCCAUGGGGGAUUUGAAAAUGGUCCGAGGAAAGGUAAAACACCACCUCUUAAGAAUCUGAAAUGUCCUUGUCAGUAAACCACUUUCAUUAUUUAUUCACCUCAGAACAGAAAUACUCUAGCCCCCUAUUUAUCCAGCACUGAGAAACAGAACGAUUCACAUUCUGCUGUCACUUAUUUGUCAGGAAACAGAUGGUGAGGGAGGACCACAGCGUGCUGGUCCAAUUGUAGCAGUAAAAUCCUAGUAUUUUUGUAAUUUGAAAUACUUUACUAUAACAAUAAAACAGCAAGAACUAUUCAACUUUUUUCUUCUUUGUAUUUCAGUUUUCCUGCGUAAAACGUAGUUGCUAAAUUCUCUUAAAGAUUGUGUUUCCCAAAAUGGUCUCAAUGUGUCUGUCCAGGGAGGUGCAGGGGGGCCUGUAGAUGCUUCAGAGCCCAAGAGAGCCUGAGUCCAGCCCGGGGGUCCCUGGGAGGCCAGGAGGGGGGCUCCCAGGGCUCUAUGAUUCCCAUGGCGUGGCUCUGACUGGCCGGACCUCAAGGCUUAACGCUCACCCCUUUGGUUCCUCCUAGUUGGCACGAGGCCCCGAGGUCCCACAGAGAGCCUGUCUUCUGUUUCCUCCCCAGCCAUCCCUGGAACCCCUCCCCACGGCUCAGCUCCAGACCAGGCCUUUGGACACAGGUCAGGGGGAAGUAAGAGAGGCUAACAUUUACAGCUGACCCUUGAACAACAUGGGUGCAGGUCCCCUUAGACGUGGAUUUUUUCACUAGUGAACGUGACGGUUCUACACGAGCCCCAGUUGGCUGAAUCCUCAGAUAAAGAACCGGAGGCUCCAGAGCGCCGACUUACUAAAGUUACUGGCGGGCCCACUGCUCAGAGGGUCAGCGCCCAACCUGAGUCAUUCCAGGGUCAGCUGUCCAGUGGGCCUUACACACAUCUUCUCCCAUAAUCUUUAAGGAGUCCCUGUUGUCACACUCUACGAAAAAUUGUUCUGUCACCUCAGGAAGACAGAGAUGAAUCUUCCAAACUCUAGGUUUGCUCUGGUCCAAGCUGUCACUGAUUUUACAGCUAGGAGCACAGUGGUGGAGACAGCAGGUUACAUUCCAGUUGACGAAAAGGCUUAGGUAUUUGUUGAAAGUUCUUAAUUUUGAGCUUUAGCCCUCCCCUGCCCCAACUGCAGACAGACAUGAACCAUGAAUUGCAGAAGCACAAAGGUUGUGGUUCUCAGGCUGGCUGCCCUUGGGAGUCUCCUGGGUCCCAACCAAAAAGGGUCUGAAUUUGUCUCAGGUGCAGCCUGGGCCCAGGGAUUUUCAGAGCUCCCCCAGGUGACUCCGACGAGCACCAGAGUUUGGGGAGCAGCCAUGUAAAGGAAAGGCUCUGCAGGGGAGACUCAGCCACUGGUGGCCAUUCCAGAAGCCUCUAAUUCCUUGUCACCAGCAGCUAACUCAUCCUGAAAGUGUCAGAUACCCAAAUCUGAGCCUUGAGAAAGCCCUGGACAGUUUCAUUUUCUAAGAAGUACUAGAAAAAUCCAUCUCCUGCUGCAGGGAAUGAGCUGCUCACCCAAAGUGACAGCUAUUGAAAUUGCCCCUAACAUCUACUCUGCAUUUCUUUCCUGGUGGCAAGCAUAUUAUUACAAACAUAAUGAUCUUUGUUUUUUCUUUGCUGGGGCUGUAAAACCUAGUGAAUAGAAAUCCCUACCUCUAUCACCAAUCACACCGGCUGUAUCAGGAGCACAGACUUUUUUACUAUUAAAGACACAUUCCAACAAGAUUUUUAAAUGUAAGCCUAUUUUUGUAACUUUUUUUGAGCACUGAACUUUGUAAGGUAUGUUUAUAGGAAAACUCACUUUUCUACUAAAAGAAAUAGCUUACUUUAGAGAGGCGGCAAGAGAAUCAAAAUUUGAAACUGAAAUUUUUGUUAAAAGGGAUUUGACUGAAACAAGAGAAAAUUCUCUUCUCUCUCAUAAAAAGGCACAACAUCAUUGCAGAGCUAGGCUAGGUCGUCGUCCUGAUGAAGAGGAUACUCGUUUUUAUAUCUAUAAAGUGAGAAAAAGGUGGAAAGCACAUUUAGUUUCUUGGUCUGAAGCAGGUUCAUUUGACUCUGGGGCAAUUCAGUGGGAAAGAAUCACUGUUACAACUAAUACACAACUUCAACUGCAUGCCGUACUCCACCCAUCUACCAACGGGACCCUGUAAAUGUGAGAAAAACAUUAGCGGAGCACUUUGUUGGUUUCUCUAUCCCAGUCUGACUUUGAUGCAAAGUAUUUUAUUUUUGUAUUUACAAUUGAUACGCAAUUACAAUAUAGACUAGGAAUACCAGCAGAGCCCUAAUAAUGCUUAGCAUGUUUGAUGAAUGCCACCAACUGCCUUCCAAACUAAGCCGUUCCCGCACCCUAGAGAUGGGGUUCUCAACACUGGCUGCACAGUGAAAUCGAGGGGGGAGUUUUUGAAAAUCUUGAGGCCCAGCCAUGCCUCAGACCAGCGAAACCCAGGAAUUAUACUUUGUAAAGCUCCUAAAGUCAUUCUGAUGUUCAGCCAAGGGUGAGAACCACCAGCCUAGGGAUUAGCCACAGGUGUGUGGACUUGCAGGCAGAUUCUGCAGUUGUAGACACCUGAAGAUUGAGAGAAGUCCCAAGCACAAAGACCCCAGCAUUGGACUUCCCUGGUGGUGCAGUGGUUAAGAAUCCACCUGCCAAUGAAGGGGGCGUGGGUUCGAGCCCUGGUCUGGGAAGAUCCCACAUGCCGCGGAGCGACUGAGCCCGUGUACCACAACUACUGAGCCUGCGCUCUAGAGCCCACGAGCCACGACUACUGAGCCCGCGAGCCUAGAGCCCCUGCUCGGCAACAAGAGAAGCCACCGCAAUGAGAAACCUCUGCACUGCAACGAAGAGUAACCCCCACUCGCCACAACUAGAGAAAGCCUGUGCGCAGCAACGAAGACCCAACACAGCCAAAAAUAAGUAAAUUUAAUUAAUUAUUUUUUUUUAAAACCCAGCAUCACUUGCUGAGCAUCAGGAACCUGGACGGACGGGCAGGGUCCAGGGCACGUGCCCAAGCACUAGAGGGGAGAGGGCCAAAAGGAAAUACAGAACAGACCCCUUUUUUCCAUGUCUUCCAUUAAAAGUGGACUGAUCAUGAGCAUCCUUGCUGCUUGUGCAACCAGCUGGCUGCCCUGCCCAGAGCCGCUCUGCAUUCUUUAUCGCCCAGGGAGAAAGGAAGCAGUUAGCCACAGAGGGAGCCGGCAAGGAGAUUGCAGGAGUAGUUGGAUGGCAUUUGUAAAAACCAGAGCCAACGAGAGGAUGCUUGUUUUAAGAAACACGUCUUAUUUUUUUUAAUAUAUUACAUCUGGGAUAAAAACUGAAGCAAUUAGUACUAUUUUCUCUUCCACAAGCACAGUAUGCCUUCCGAGAUUACACAUCCCUAUCUGAGUUGCCAGCAGAAGUACUAAAAAUCCCCACUCUAUCACCUGGUAGAUAAAACUACACAUUUUUAGGUGCUUUUACUUAUUUAUUUUUUUAAAAAAAGAAACCCUUCUGACUUAAUUUGGCUAAUCUUGCUGUAUAAUAUAAACUCUUGGAAACCAAGACAUGCUAUGGAUCUGAUGACUGAUAUUAGAGGUGAUGAUGUAACUGAUUAGCCUCAGACACCAAUAACUUCGUUUUGAAACAAGCCAAUACUUUUUAUAGCCUCUAUAUAUGGUACGUUUUAACAUUGUAAAGUUUUGCUAUGAUGAAAGCAAUAUUUGUACAAAUGGAAAGCAAGAUUUUCUUUUAUAUGGUUUACACUGUUGAU